ACUGGCACGGGCGAGAGGGCAUCCUAGUGAAAAGUAAUAUGUGAGCGCGGGACAACCGAGCAAAAGGCAAUCCGAGGCUUGGAGACGAGAGAAUGUGGACGAGGUAAAGAGGCGCGCUACUGUAUUCUUCGUCCAUUUCUACUGCAUCAUUUCGCGACCAUCUUGUUUCGUCCUCCGCUGUUCGUCCCCGAAACUCUCCCAAGUCAUUCACUUCGAGGUUGCGCUUCAUGUGUGCGUCUGCCAGCAGCUCCGCUCCCUCGACUACCACGAAUACACUCUCCGUCGCAAAUCGCGCCGUUCGUUGUCUCCACCAUCCCUUCAACGGCACAACACAGCGAGGCGCAACCACUCUUUUGAUUUCGCAUCCUCCUAGCAACAGAAAGGUCCUCGCGAUUGACAGAGCCCACUGCACAUAUUACCAGUAUUACAAAUAGCAUCUGGCCAGCCGUGGACAAUUGUGGGGGAAUCCAUUGCGGCACCCAACAUCAAGCUAGAACGAAGUGAGGGCAUACUCAAGAGCAACCACUCCUGCAGAUCCACGGACGUCCGCUGAGAAGCAUCACAAUAAUGGCAGACGACACUCGAGACGUAAAACCAGCAGCGGUAGACGCUGCGCUUGGGGAGAUGAAGCUCCAUGGAGACGGGUCACCAGAGGACCAGGAAGAUACAAUCAUGGUUAAUGGCAAGCAUGAGGAGUCUUCCACACCAAGCUACCUGAAGAGGUCACGCUCGUCGACUCCGGCCAUAGAGCAAUCUACAUCACAAUCUCCGUCACAGAAAGGGAGCGCAAGCCAAACACCGAAAUCGCAAGAUGAGGAGGAGGAAGAGACUAUUUCUGGCGACAUCACAGUUACGGUUGAGCCUGGGAAGGCACCAAAAUUGUCAAGGAAAUCGUCACAGAAGGUAAUAUCUCGACCACCAAUUCUCUUCGAUGACGUGCCAGAUUCUACAGAGGAAGCAUGUACGGUAUUUCAGGUAAUCAAGGACUGUAUUUAUGGAUCUAAGCAUAUGGGAUCCUCUGAACAUGAUGCUCUGGAUUGUGACUGCUCAGAACAAUGGAGCAAUGGCAAAAAUCAGGCAUGUGGCGAAGAUUCGGACUGCAUCAACCGUGCGACUAAAAUGGAGUGUGUGGACGGAGAUUGUAAUUGUGGCUCGGGGUGCCAAAACCAGCGGUUUCAGCAGAGAGAAUACGCCAACGUCUCGGUCUUCAAGACUGAGAAGAAGGGCUACGGUUUGCGUGCAAACGUUGAUCUCAACGCUGACACAUUUAUUUUUGAGUAUCUCGGCGAAGUCAUCAACGAACCGACAUUUCGAAGGCGAACCCAACAAUACAACGAUGAAGGCAUCAAGCAUUUUUAUUUCAUGUCCCUCACGAAGCACGAAUUCGUCGAUGCGACAAAAAAGGGCAAUCUCGGGCGGUUCUGCAACCAUUCCUGCAAUCCAAAUUGCUACGUGGACAAAUGGGUUGUCGGGGAGAAGUUGCGCAUGGGCAUUUUUGCCGAGCGACACAUCAAAGCCGGCGAGGAGCUGGUCUUCAACUACAAUGUGGACCGAUACGGUGCUGACCCUCAACCCUGCUAUUGCGGUGAGCCAAACUGUACAGGCUUCAUCGGUGGCAAGACGCAGACUGAUCGUGCCACGAAAUUGCCUCAUGCCACGAUCGAAGCGCUGGGAAUUGAUGAUGGAGAUGGAUGGGAUACAGCGGUCGCCAAGAAGCCCCGAAAGAAGAAGACUGGCGAAGACGACGAGGAAUACGUUAAUAAUGUCCAGCCUAAAGGUCUCGAUGAAGAGGGUGUCCGGAAAGUCAUGGCCACGCUCAUGCAGUGUAAGGAGAAGUGGAUUGCCGUCAAAUUGCUCAGCCGUAUCCAGCGCUGCGAUGACGAUCGAGUUCGGAACCGAGUGGUGCAGAUGCACGGCUACCAGAUUCUACGAACCACCCUGACCACGUGGAAAGACGACAACAAUGUCAUCCUACAAAUCCUCGACAUUCUUUAUAAAUUCCCCCGGCUCACUCGCAACAAGAUCAGCGACUCCAAAAUCGAGGCGACGAUUGAGACCCUUGUGGAUUCGGAACAUGAGGAUGUAGCAUUCGAAGCUAAGCGACUCUUGGAAGACUGGAGCAAGCUGGAGGUCGCCUACCGCAUACCUAGAAAAAAGUUCGACCCGAACGCUGUACCGAUCUUUGAACGUCGAAAUACAAAACGAUCAGAGGAUGUCACCAAAUCGCCUGCGACCCCAGCAAUCGUCGCUCCUACUGGACCACGAAGUAAUCUUCCUCAGAGGAACCUUAAUUUUGCCGCUGCACGACCUCCAUUCCGACGACCACCCAAUGCAUUACCCCUAGGGUGGUUUCAGGCCCAGGAUGAGAAAGGAAAUGCAUAUUAUUAUAGCAAAUCCGGUCAAACAACCUGGGUAAGGCCUAAUUUCCCAGCUCCUGAGCCACCUCCACCACCCAAAGCUCCCCCGAAAAGUGUUCAAACUGCGAGAGCCAUUCAAGAUAUUAUUGAUAGCAUCACGAAACCCGAUCCAAAAACUCCAACCCAGUCAAUACCCACUGGCGAUUCAACUCCAAAAGAAAAGAAGCCGACUGAGAAAUGGCGUGCACUUCCUCAAGAAAAACAGAUGAAGCUUUAUGAAAAUACCCUCUUCCCACAUAUCAAACACGUAAUGCAAAAAUUCUCCAAACAACUCCCCCGAGAAGACCUCAAGAAGUUCGCCAAAGAAGUCGCCAAGAAACUCGUCGCCUCCGACUUCAAAAACAACCGCGUCGAAGACCCAACUAAGAUCUCGGAGAAACAAGAAAAGAAAGUCAAAAGCUAUGUUCGUGAUUUCUUCGAGAAGGCGGUGGAGAAGAAGAAGAUUCUUGAUAAAAAGAAGGCUGAGAAGGCUGCUUUGAAUGGAUCGGGAGUUAAUGGAUCGGCGUCUGCUUCUGCAUCUGGAACGAACGGGAAAGCGGGUGAUGAAGAGGACGAUCAGGAUCAGGACCAAGAUCCGGACCCAGUUGGUGAUUUAUCGCCUACCGUGCUCGAUGCACCGCCUUCAUCUCUCCCUGCUACGCCUUCCAUUUCAGCUUCUGGCUCAAACUCAGAUCUCAAACGUAAACGCGACGACGAGAAUGGCGAUGGUGAUGAGACUCCAGGAGGGACUGGGACUGGUGCUGGUGAUGACUCGUUCUCAGACUCGAAUAAACGUUUAAAGGAGGAGGAGAGCCCGCCUCCGCCGCCGCCGCCACCUCCUGCGGGGGGAAUACCACUGUUGGAUGUUGAGGGGGAGCUUGAUGCUGUGAUGGGUGGAGAUGAGGAGGGGUUGGAUGGGAAUGGCAAUGUUGUGAUGGAGGAAAGUGAGGAGCAGAGGGAGUUGAGGAGGCAGGAAGAGGACCUUAUGAGGGAGAAUGAGGAGGCGAUGGCGCUGGAGAUGGCGGUGCGUGGUAAUGAGGAGGGGAAGGGGGAGAGGGAGGGGUGGGGGGAGGCGGUUAAUGGGAAUGGGAAUGGGAAUGGGAAUGGUGCUGGGUAUGAUGUUGAUAUGGCUAUGGAUGGUGCAGAGGAAGUACACCAAGGCCAAGGGCAAAAGCAAAGCAUGGAGACGGGCAUCUCAAGUCGGUGACCCAAGGGGUGGGGUGGGGGUGGGGGUGGGGGUGGCUAGCGAUUGAUUCAUUGAUAUGAUCCGGAGGCAACUAUAUCUGCAUUUUGCAUUUACGGAUUUCGCUUGCAUGCAUGCUUCAAGGGCGGCGGACGGGGUGGGUGGUGAGUUCUAGCGGGGGGGGCAUUCAUUCAUGCAUGCAUGCACGGCUUUGGGAAUGAGGGCAUGCGAGAGGAAAAGGGAAAGUGAAAAAAGGGAAAAGUGUACGACCGAGAGUCUGUAACUUUGUAUUAUAGCCAUACCAUACCAUAUCAUAUCAUACUACACUUACUACACCAUACCACAC